GAGUGGCUUUCAAAAGGACAUGGAGAAUACAGAGAGAUCCCAAGUGAGAGAGACUUUUUCCAAGAAGUCAAAGAAAGCAAAAAUGUGGUUUGCCAUUUCUAUAGAGAGACAACGUUCAGGUGCCAAAUAAUGGACAAACAUUUGACUGUACUGGCAAAAAAGCACAUUGAGACAAAAUUCUUGAAGUUAAAUGCUGAAAAAUCUCCUUUCUUGUGCGAGAGACUGCGCAUCAAAGUCAUUCCCACUCUAGCACUAAUCAAAGAUGGGAAAACGCAGGACUACGUGGUGGGCUUCACUGACCUUGGCAACACUGAUGACUUCACUACAGAAACCUUGGAGUGGAGAUUAGGCUGUGCAGACAUAAUUAAUUACAGUGGAAACUUGAUGGAUCCACCUUUCCAAAGUCAAAAGAAAUAUGGAACAAGCUUCACGAAGUUGGACAAGAAGACCAUCAGAGGGAAGAUAUACGAUUCAGAUUCCGACGACGACUAAAAGAGCAGCAGAAUAUAUUUGUAAAUCAUCUUUUGUUUAUGCGUGGUACAUUUCUAGGGAUGGUUUUUAUAAAGCUUACUGCUUUUCAUUACAUCUGCACAUAAUCCUCAUUUUUCUAUACAGUUUUAUACAACUGAGUCAUAGCAGAAAAAAAAAAAGCUUAAAUAUUUUUUUUUCCUCUUUUGGAAGUCAUUUG